CACUACCUACGUGGUGUAGACGAAGCCAUACCUCUACACUACAAGGUCCCUCGUAGCGAAACAUGGGACAUCGGAUCGCAUCCUGCCCUUGUCAGCCAACACGAAACUGGAACUUUACACAGUACGUGUUUAUUGAAAUUAACGUAUUUCACCCCACGCCUGGCACAACCGGUAAGAUUGCCGAGCCUCUCCCAGGGUGAUUUUGAGAUCCACGCUCGGCUCCGCUGAGCGAUCGCGAUAACCUUAGCUUGCCUUACCCACGCAAAGCGGACGCCAGAACAGCCAAAAUCGGAUCGGGGCUGCGGAGUGCGUCGUGAGCCGGGCACAUGGCUCCCGGCCUGCCCUCAAUUGAACUUUCAGGGACAUCGUCAGCGCCGGGCGAGCCCUCCUUCCAUUUCACUUGCGACGACUACGAUAAGGAUACGGGCCAAGGUUCGGCAGCGAGCGUCGUUCAGGGACUUGAGCCUUCUGUCGCAGCACCUACGCGACGCAGCUCUUCUGCGUUCCUCCACCCUCAACACGCAGCCUUGCUGCGUCCUCCAACGCCUGAAUCCACUCUCAUCAACAUGGCGUCCGAGGAGGGGUCUGCCACCGCGGCGUCACCCGCGUCCGCGCCAAAGAAUCCCUUCAAUUUCCAGACACAGUUCAUCUCAACAGGUCCUGUCAAGCCUAAUAUCGGCCAAAGACGAGGUCACCGCUACAAACACAGCUCCAUAAGCGCCCAACACCAAUUCUUCCAAGAACCGCCUCCACGGCCACCUCCCGUUUUGCCGGCCUCCCUUCCCGUCCCGACCUUCAAGGAAGCAUGGGCUAGCAUGCAACGCGAACAACGCGCCCGGCUUUGGUGGUGCUGCUGCCAUGCCGCCGUGGCCAUGUAUGUCUUCUUCAGCGCCGAGGGCUCGCUCGCCAUGACGGCCCUCUCACACCUCGUCUUUUUCGAUGUCGGCUCGGCAGCAGUGUGCGUGGCCGUUGAUGUGCUGGGAAACUUUGAGGUCUGGCGGCGCUCCAGCAUUCGCCACCCCUUCGGUUUGCAGCGCGCUGAAGUGCUCGCCGGGUUCGCCAUGUCCGUGUUUCUGGUCUUUGGCGGCUUUGAUCUCAUCUCGCACAACCUAAAACACCUUUUAGAGUCGGUCGGCGAGCAUGUCCCGCAUCACCCAACUGCCGCAACAGCAGCAGCAGCAGCAACCCCUGACAGAGUCCAUUCCCACGGCCACUCCCACCACGGCGCUCGCUACAUCAGCCCGGGCACCGUGGACCUUGCCAGCCUUGCCGCGGCGGCCAGCACGCUGGUCAGCGCCUACGGGCUGCGCAACCACGGGCGCAUCCGCCGCGUCAUGCGCGUGCCGCUGCCCUCGUAUCUGGGGAGCAUCCUCCCCGCCGCCGGCAUCCUCGCCAACCCUUUCCACUUCCUCACCCUGUGCUUCUCCUUUCUGAUGCUGCUCCUCCCGCUCGUCAGCGUCCCCCACUUCGUCUGGCUCGACCGCCUCAUCUGCGCCGCCAUCGCCGCGAGCAUGUUCGUCCUCGGCACGCGCCUGGCCGUCGCGCAGGGCCUGAUGCUCCUCAUGAGCUAUAGCGGGCUGCCUGCGGUUGGUAGCAGCGGCGGAGACCUUAAGAUGGGUAGUGAUCGGAAGACGGUUGCGGCGGGGAAGAAGACGGAUGAGAGGACUGUUGUCGUCGGUGGGGCUAGCGAGUCUACCGUCUCCUCGGUGGUUCGCGAGAUCGAGUCGGAACCGCAAGUCGCGGGGGUUGAAGAGGCCCAGUUCUGGCAAGUGCAUUACGGUUUGGCAAUGGCGAACUUGAAGGUGCGUCUUGUGCGGGGGUGUGUGGACGACGCGACUCUGAGCCAGCUGAGGAGUCGGCUUGCGAGGGUGGUGCAGAAUCGGCUGGGGGAAGGGUACGGCAGGGGAGGGAAUUUGAGGUGGGAGGUAACGGUGCAGACGAGUACGGAAGGGUAAGGGAGUAUGUAGAUGGAUUGUUAGGUGUACAAAGUGCUCGAAGCAAUAGCCGUGUAUAUUUUGCAUUGUUUGUUUCAUUAACACGGCCUGAUAUCGAGCCUUUGGAGUCCAUCCC